AUGUUCGACUCUCCUAUAAACAUAAAACAACUAAUUACUAAGCGUUAACAAAGGCAGGAUUAUGAUACCCUGAUAACGUCGCAAAUAGUUGGGACAUUCUUCGAAAAUCUAUAUGCAUUGACUCGACACAGAAACGUCGAAUCCGAUAACCAUAGUCACGGAGUAGCAUUCGUAUUCGACGUAUUUCUGCUUCUAUAUAUAUCAUUAACAAUUCAAUACCACUUGCCGUUGUUCGUGCCACGGAUUCAUUUACAUGGAUCCCAAAGUCAACCUCAUUGUCGUCACCCAAAUACUGUAAAAAGUUCUCGCAAGUUGGGUAUAAUGUAA